AUGCCAUGUGCUUUUGUUUUGAAAACUUUAAAGGUUCAGAUUUGCUCGAACAGCCUAAAUCAUGAGAUGACUCCCAUGGAAAGUGCUCUGUCAUUGACAGUUGUUGCAUUUUUAUGGGGUGCAACAAAUCCUUUGAUUAAACUAGGCAGUCAAGGAAUUGAGAAAAUCAAGGAAAACAAUGCUGUAAAGCAGUUCCUGUGUGAAUUCAAGUUUCUGCUUUUGAAUUGGAAGUAUGUGAUUCCAUUCCUGGUGAAUCAGUGUGGCUCGGUUGUGUAUUAUUACACUCUGGCUUCUGCAGAAAUGUCUCUCACUGUUCCCAUUGCAAACUCUCUAGCAUUUGUCUUUACUACCCUGGUUGGCAGACUUUUAGGAGAGAAGAUACAAAGAUGGGAGACCUACCUGGGAAUGUGCUUGGUGAUUACUGGAGUCAUGUUUUGUAUUGUCGCAAAAUUAUGAGAGUGCUUUACAUUAGAGUCAAAUAGAGCUUGACACAUUGCCUUGAGGAGUGUUUAAUUCUGUAAUCUAUUACAGAAAAUUAAAACUUUUAUGAUUGUAAAUGCAUAUUUAUGCUGAAACUUUUACAAGAGAGCGCAAACUUGAGUUUUACACAUCAUGAACAUUUGAUAUUUAUGUUUAAUUCCUUGUAUGUAUAGAUAUGUAUAGAUCUGAUAAUAAUAAA